AUGAGUUCCAAGUUUGCCAAUCGCAGAAAGCCCCGUAAGAUUGGGGGAGAUGAUGAGGAGGAUGAGCCCGGUGUGCCUGAGCCCGUUGUUAAGCGCCCAGGCGGCUCCAAGACCAAAGCAAAGCCGAAGUCCAAAUUGAACAUGUCGUUUGGUCCGGGGGAGACAUCAAUGACUGACGGUGGUGAGGAGGACAGUGAAGUCAUUAUCCCCAAACGACACGGUCUAGGGCGGAAGGCCGUUGAGAAUAGCGCCGGUCAUCGGCUACCAGGAUUAUCUGAGAGCGUCUCUUCUCGACUUGGUCAAGACCCAGAUCGACCAACUUACAGCAAUGACUACUUGAAAGAGCUUCGCGAUUCGACCCCGUCGACCCCAAAGACAAACACCGAUGACGAAACCACCAAAGCCGUUGAUGUUGCUGCCAAGUUUGGAGAAAUCAUGACAGUCUCCGGACAGUCACAUAUUCCCAGUGAAUCUGAGAUCCGCGAAAAGAAAGCUCGACGUGCCCGACUGGCUUUGGAACACGGCGCAGAGGACGAUGGAUACAUCGCACUGGACGACAACGACGCCGCGCAUGUGGAUGACUGGGAUGCAGUUGCGCGUGGCGAGAAGGAAGUCAAAGAUACGCGGCUUAUUCGAGACGAUGAGGAUUUCGCGGAGGGCUUCGAGGAAUACGUCGACGAUGGGAAGAUCUCGCUUGGGCGUAAAGCCGAGCGCGAGAAGAAACGGAAGGAUCGCGAAGCCAUGCGCGAGCUCAUUGAUGAUGCAGAGGGGUUGUCUGACGAAGAGGACUCAGACCUCGAAGAGAAGGCUGCCUACGAGGCCGCGCAAACCAAAGCCGCAAUGGGUCAUGGCAAAUCAGACAGAUCCGAUCGACCAGAGGUGCCUGUCAAGAUGACUGCUCUUCCCCGUCUUUCCCACAGCUUUGAGCGGUUGCGCAUGUCUCUGGCAACUAUGGAAGUUUCUAAAACACAGAUGAUCAGUCGCAUGGAGGAACUGAGGAAAGAGAAGGCCGAUAUCGCUGUUCGGGAGGUCGAGGUGCAGGCAAUGAUCAAGGAAGCCGGUGAGAACUAUGAGCGGCUCAAAAAAGAAGCCGUCGCCAAACAAAAUGCGGAUGAUGCUACCAGUGGAGCCCUGGAAAAAUCGACCGGCUUGGACAAUAUCGACGCGCCUGUUGCCAGAUCAAACUCCUCCGACUCCGGCUCAUCAGACUCCAGCUUUGAAGAUGAUGAUGAGUCUUGA